AUGUUUGCUUUAUUAAAUGGAACUAAGUCUCGUUCAAUUACUUCUGCAACAGAUGACAAUAUCCUUGAUGCUGCAAAGGAUCUUCUUUCUACUACUUUAGAUCCUGUUUCAGCAGCAGAGGAGAAAGUUAUGCUGACAUGCCAGAAAGUUAUUGACGAGGCGCAUAAUCUUGAAAGACCUCCACUCAAUCAAUACAAGAAAUGCAAGGAAUGCCUUAUUCAACAUUCAGUAAUCAAUAAUCAAUUCAAACAAGCCUUCGAAUCCAUAUCGAAAUAUAAAGAUCAGGUUGGCGUUAACUGUCAAAACGUAGCUAACAUGUGUAAUACUCUCGAAGAAAACGAAAAAGCAAUGAGAGAACGCAUGCAAGCAAGCAGAACAACAAAUUGCUCAACUCAAGAAUCUCAUCGUACAGUUUCAGAUCAGCUUUCACAAAAGCAAGCUGAAUUUGAAACUGUUUCCGCAGAAUUGCUAAAAUAUCAAAAACUUGUUGAAGAAUUUACAGCAAAGAAGAAUUCUCUACAAGCAGAAGUUGAACAGCUUACAAAAGCUCAACAAGAACUUUCCAACACUAAUCAAGAUGAAACAGAUAAUGAAACUCGUCUUACUAUGCAUCAAGAGAGUCUUCAGAACACCCGUCAACUCAUUGAUAAGGGUGUCACUUCUCUUAAGAACCUCGCUUCUUCGACAACAGAUCGCAUGUUAAGUACUGGUUUAGAAUACCUUGAUUUCCUCAGGAAAUACAAUCAGUACGUUAAGAGUAUUCUUGAUACAAUGGAUGGAAGAAUCAAAACAAUGCAUGAUAGAAUUGAUAUGAACACUUCUAAUAUCGAUGAAAUCCCAAUUCUCGAGUUGAACAUGGACAAAACAAAGAUUGAAGGCGUUGUUAAGGAAUACGAGUCAAAUGUUGAUAAGUACAAUAGAAGAAGGCAGAAGAUCGUCGCAAUUCAAGAAUCAAUAAAGCAAGACUACCAAAAAUUGAAAGAUAUCAUCUCAAAGUUCGGAAGAGAACUGGAUCCAUUGGAAGUUUAG